UAUACUUCUACUUAUUAUUUUAUGGUUUUCAUUUUAUUUCAGAGGGUACAUAUUUUUUCAUCGUUCGAGGUUUCCAGAUUCCACAGAUUUUUUUUUAGUUUUGCAGUUUCGUGCUAGAUUCAGACUAUGGAAACCACAGAUUUGGUAUUUCAUAAGUACUUCUAGUGAUUGCGUUGAUAAGUAUGGACAUGUCAUCGAUAGCGGAGACUAUAACAAAAUUCGGUCUUCCCGAAAAGAUUCGACAGCGUUUAUCGCAACGACCUGCAUGCGCGGAUGCAGCGGCUGAAUUGUAUGCUUUAUCACGCCAAUUGGAAUCAGAUGAUCUGCGGAUCUUUGCGGCGGCAUGUUCGGAAGGAGUUGCUGCUUGUGAGGGUACUGCAGAAAAUCCAGUGGCAGAAGCCGAAGCAUUAGUUCGCGCAGCUCGCCUUCAUAUGGAAGAAGAGAAGGAGACCUACAAGCUUAGUUUACCAACAACUUGGGAUUCGUUGUACUUCGCCAUUGAUAACAUUAAUAAAGCUACUGAUAUUUAUGAAAACCUUGGAGCGACCCAUUUAGCCGUAACUACAUUGCUGGAGCUGGCGAGAGUGAUGCUGAAACUAGCGCGUCCACACGAUGCCAUACAAACAUUCCUGAAAGCCCUCGAUCUUAAUAAAGCGCAAAACGGCACUCGUGAGCGCCUAGUUAUUCUGCGAUCUCUGGCUGAUGCCUACAUACAGGCCAGCUGCCUUGUCGAUGCGCUGAACACAUACGAAGAGAUCUGCGUGUUGGCUGGAUUCCUGAAAACAGCACCUGGCAAACUCCCAGGAUACUACCAUAAAUUGGCACAAAAAUGCGAAACACGACAGAUUCUGCUGCUGCUCAUUACCGAACCCACUCCGAAAAAGAUGUCCCACUACCAUAGCCUAAUGUUUUCGUACUUCACAGAUCCCAGAGCGUCCGUUGACGGGCACAGUUAUGUCAGUUUUCUCGAUUUGGUGGGUUUGCUGAGGAUGAAAGAUUUUGUCUUGGCUAUUCAACAGAAAGAUUUCCCACGAGUGCUUGAUGCAUCGGAAAAAUUAUACCCUCUCUUGGACGAAACGGAAACUGCUCUUGCCGACUUUCUUGUUGAUCGGACGCCCCAUCAUUCCGGAUAUUAGAAUGUUUUUGUCGAGGUGUCACGCGCACGCACCAUAAAACCGGUGUCCUGCACCGUCAACCAAGGAUCUUUCAAAUUCCGCGUUCCCGAAUGCCACCAGACAUGUCCACUUUCUGCUCUUAGAACGAAGUUCCCGUUCGAGAACAGGAUAGCAUGGAUUCCUGGGGUAAAUUUUCCCUCUGUACCAGAAGUCCAUAAUUGCACGCGAUCGAUGGUCCGAUAAACAGCCAGAUUCCCAUCUUUGUCUAUUGAUAGUUCGACUGAUCCACCGGGGGAAUGUAAAAUUUGUCCAAACGUUAGUGUGCUUCCCGGAUGGAGACUGUUAACUCGUGGAGACGAUUCACAGGAAUUACCGUUCGGUUUUAUUACUGCAGAGAUCACAUCCUGGAAAUCCAUUUGCACAAUGCUUUCAUUGAACUGUAUUGCUAGUCAUAAACUGCUCACCUGACACUUGUGGCUUUUGGGGCAUUGCGACAAGUUACGUUUCUUUCAGCUGUUGGCGAAAACGUGUACCGUAUCUUUUCGAAAAACCCAGGAAUUGUAUGUAGUACAUAAAAACUGAUGUGCAAAAUACACUCGAUUAUAUUCUACUGGAUACCUCCGUAAUAAUGUU